AUGCCGAAAACAUCAGAUAAAUCUACGGAAAAGGCGCAGGGCAGACUUGAUGUCCUCAAAUCUCAUCUGUCUGGUGUGAAAGCUCCUGUAGGACGGUUGACCAAAUUAUCUCGGUCACUUCAGGGCAAAAAAGCAAUCGUGACCGGAGCAGCUUCUGGGAUGGGAAAGGAGACUGCCAAAUUACUAGCCGAUGAAGGGGUACAAGUUGCUGUCCUCGAUUUGGACGGAGGAAAAGUGCAAGCCGUUGUUGAUGAAAUCAACGCAGUGCAUCCUGGCCGUGCUCAAGGCUGGAUUUGCGAUGUAGCCAAUCGCAGCAGGAUCAAGCAAGUCUGCAAGGAGAUCAUCGAAGCAUUCGGCGGUCUUGACAUCCUGAUCAACAACGCUGGCAUCUCCGUUGGUGGAGGCGCGUUCGACGAAGAUGCAUCAUUCGAGCCUCGCUGGGACAAGACUGUCGACAUCAACCUCACGGCUCAUGUAAUCUUUAUUCGAGCGUGCGUGCCUGCUUUGUUGAAGAGUGACGCCGCGCGCAUCGUCAAUAUCGCGAGCACAGAACAUUUUGUCACCGGACCAGGAAACGUUGCGUACAGCGCGACCAAAUCUGCCGUCACUGGCUUAACUCGAUCUUUUGCCGUCGAGCUCGGCAAAUACCAAAACAUCACGGUGAAUACAAUCUGUCCAGGUCCGAUCAUUACUGGCAUGACUGCUCGAAUUCCACCUGAACUCAAGGAGGCCUAUGCCAAGCGCAGAGUGCCGUUGCGACGCUAUGCUGAUCCCGAAGAAGUGGCGCAAAUGACCGUCAACAUUUGCCUACCUGCCUCGUCAUACCUACACGGUGCAACAAUACCAGUGGAUGGAGGCAUGACCAUUCGACAUACGUAAUAUAGGAGGCCGAGUUGGCGAGAGAUAUCACUACUCCUAACCCCUAAAUACCGUCCGAGAUUCCACCUCCUGCCGCAUAAGUAGAAUGAAGGGCGACGAUCUGCCUCCCUCUCCGUCUCCCAGAAGCCACGUAUAACGAGGGAGUCAAGAUCA